AUGACCGACUACAAAGUCCGGGACAUCAGCCUGGCCGAGUGGGGCCGCAAGGCAAUCGACAUCGCGGAGAACGAGAUGCCGGGGCUCAUGGAGCUGCGGCGCGAGUACGGCCAGUCAAAGCCGCUGAAGGGCGCCAAGAUCGCCGGCUGCCUGCACAUGACGGUGCAGACGGCGGUGCUCAUUGAGACACUCGUCGAGCUCGGCGCGGAGGUGCGCUGGAGCUCCUGCAACAUCUUCUCCACGCAGGACAACGCCGCCGCGGCGAUGGCGAAGCGCGGCAUCCCCGUCUUUGCCUGGAAGGGCGAGACGGAGGAGGAGUACCAGUGGUGCAUGGAGCAGACCAUCAAGGGCUUCAGCGGCGACGGCGUGCCGAACUUGAUCCUCGACGACGGCGGCGACCUCACCAACUACGUCAUCGACCACUGCCCCCACCUCGUCGGCAGGAUCUACGGCAUCUCGGAGGAGACGACGACGGGGGUGAAGAACCUGUACAAGCGGCUGCAGCAGGGCAGGCUGCCGAUCCCCGCCAUCAACGUCAACGACAGCGUGACGAAGAGCAAGUUCGACAACCUCUACGGCUGCCGCGAGUCGCUGGUGGACGGCAUCAAGCGCGCCACGGAUGUGAUGAUCGCGGGCAAGACGGCCUGCGUGUGCGGCUACGGCGACGUGGGCAAGGGCUGCUCCGCCGCGCUGCGCGCCUUCGGGGCCCGCGUGGUGGUGACGGAGGUGGACCCGAUCAACGCCCUGCAGGCGGCGAUGGAGGGGUACCAGGUGGUGCUGCUCGAGGACGUCGUGGAGGCGGCCCACCUCUUCGUCACGACGACCGGCAACGACGACAUCAUCACCGCCGAGCACUUUCCCCGCAUGCGGGACGACGCGAUUGUGUGCAACAUCGGCCACUUCGACACGGAGAUCCAGGUGACGUGGCUCAAGGCGAACGCGAAGGAGCGGGUGGAGGUGAAGCCGCAGGUGGACCGCUACACCAUGCACAACGGCCGCCACAUCAUCCUGCUGGCGGAGGGCCGCCUCGUCAACCUCGGCUGCGCCAGCGGCCACCCCUCUUUUGUCAUGUCCAACUCCUUCUGCAACCAGGUGCUGGCGCAGAUCGAGCUCUGGACGCAGCGCGACACCGGCAAGUACCCGCGCGGCGACAAGGCCCAGGUCUACUUCUUGCCAAAGAAGUUGGACGAGAAGGUGGCGGCGCUGCACCUCAGCAAGCUCGGCGCCAAGCUGACGAAGCUCACGGCGAAGCAGGCGGAGUACAUCAACUGCCCCGUCGACGGCCCCUUCAAGCCGGACCACUACCGCUACUGA